GACAAAGUGGGUAGGGUAGAAAAGCAGAGAAGUCAGAAGAGGGGGAGGACAAAGGAGGGGAAUAGCUAGAUAGACACUUAUUUGUGGACUACCAUACUACUUUACUUUACAUAAUGUAUCUUUAUUUUUCCUGAAUUAGAAAAUAAACUUGACCAAAACGAAACAGGGGUAAAGAAGAGAAGAAGAAGAAAUGAAGGACUUGGUGCAGUCAGUAGAACUAGGGGUCUCUCAGCGGAAAGGAGUUAACGUAACUCGACCAAAAGUUUGGCUAAAGAAUGAAGUGAUUCGUGUGGGACUUGCUGAAUCCCUUUGCACAUAUGUCAUGAUGGUGUUUGGCCUGGGGUCUGUGGCCCAGGUAGUGACAGGACAGGGAGCGUUCGGAGAGUACCUCAGCAUCAACCUGGGUUUUGGACUGGGUGUUGCAAUGGGGGUUCAUGUUGGAGGGAAGGUCUCAGGGGCUCAUAUGAAUGCGGCAGUGUCGCUCACAAUGUGCGCGUUUGGUCGCCUUGCAUGGAAGAUGCUGCCUGUGUAUGUUUUUGCACAGCUAUUGGGGUCAUUUCUGGCAGCGGGGACAAUUUAUGCUGUCUAUUACGGUAAGUGCACGCUAUAUCUUUGCCGGUAUAUCAUUGCACAAAAGUAUCUGUCUUUUCAAUACUGUUUCUAUUAUGCAGAAGCCAUUUAUGACUAUUGUGGAGGAAACCUGACUGUGACUGGUGUAAAGGCCACAGCUGGUAUCUUUGCCACCUAUCCUGCACCGUACCUCUCCUUGCUGGCUGGAUUCAUUGACCAGGUGUUUGGCACAGCUAUGCUGCUGCUGUGCCUGAUGGCUCUGUCCGACCAGAAGAACAAACCGGCCGCAGCGGGCAGUGAGCCUGUUGCAGUGGGUCUCCUAGUGCUGCUCAUUGGCAUUUCCCUGGGCAGCAACAGUGGCUAUGCCAUCAACCCCACCAGAGACAUCGCACCUAGGAUCUUCACUGCUAUAGCAGGCUGGGGGUCCGAUGUGUUCAGGGUUGGAAAUGGGUGGUGGUGGGUGCCUCUGGCUGCACCUCCCAUUGGUGGAGUAUUGGGUGCGGGGCUCUACAAGGCCUUGGUGGAAAUGCACCACCCACCCCUCUCUGAACAGGGUGAGGGGCUGCUGAAGGAGGAGACUGCCCCUUUGAGGAAACAAGAAAACAUCUGUGCUAAUGUAUGUGUUUGAGCCACUCAACUAUAUACAGUGUAUCCCUUGUAAAGCUAUGAGGGUAUCUAUAUGCAGCUAAAGCAUUCCAUGAUGAUGAAGGCUAAAAAGAUAGACCAAAACAAAUUGCUGCGAUGGGGGACAGAAAGAGAGACUUCCUGAAAUAUUACUUUGAAUAUCUCUUAAAAUUUUAAAAUGAGUCUGUUUUAUGUAAUUCAUUUCAUUAUCAACCUUAGUUAUUCAGCUACUGUUUCUGUGCUUGUGAGGGGCUCCAACACAUAAAAUACACAUU